AUGGCGGAUGUUCUUCCACCUCCAGGCCAAUAUCCUGAAGGAAUUUCGCUUGAAUAUGUCGAUAAAACCGGGAGGAUCCUAAACGACCCAAAGUAGGUUGUCUAAAACAAUAUAAAUUCUGCUUUUAGCGAGUCACUAGCUUCAAGAUUUCGUGCUCUGUUUGUUCUGAGGAACCUGAAGGACGAUCGCUCUGUUUUCUACAUUGGGAAAGCGUUCAACGACGACUCGGCGCUUCUGAAACAUGAACUGGCCUAUUGUUUGGGUCAGAUGCAGAAUAAAUCCGCAAUCCCUGUCUUGGUGGAGACGUUGAAGGACGUAAAGCAAGGUGAGGUCUUGUUUUCUCUUUUUGUUUGGAUUUUAGGCCGAAAGCAAACCAAUUUUUGAAGAAGUGACAAAUUUCUUUUGGUCGGUGCCAUGAAUAACAUAAAAUAGAAGGAAUGCGUGAAUAUUUUUAUGUCAGGUGUCGAAAAGGUUUAGCACAGAAUCCUUGGGGUAUAAUUGUUGAUUUGAGCAAGGAAAAGUUUAAUUUUGAGUUGAAGAUUUUGUUAAAUUUCCGCUUUGAUCAUGGAUAACGUCAAAAGAUUGUGUUUUCUACGUAAUCUCGCAAAAUCCCCUAAAAUCUCUUGUUUUAGAUCCCAUGGUUCGACACGAAGCUGGAGAGGCGUUGGGUGCAAUCGGAGACGGCUCUGUUCUCGAUUUACUGAAAGAAUAUUCGUCGGAUCCUGUUGUUGAAGUCGCCGAGACCUGUCAGUUAGCUGCAGCUCGCCUGGAAUGGACUCUAAAUGGAGGAAAAGACGCUUCUUCAGCCUACGAUUCUGUUGAUCCUACGCCGGCCGCAGAUUCCGAAGAUGUUUCGGAACUGGGAAAGGUUUUGAUAGACGAAAUGAAGCCACUUUGGGAGCGGUACCGGGCCAUGUUCAAGCUCCGAAAUCUCAAUUCGCCAGAGUCCAUAAAGGCGUUAGCACAAGGUAAGUCGCAUUUCUACUUUGAUUUUCGGUUUUUAGGCAUGUAUUGCGAGGACAGCGCGCUUUUCCGCCAUGAAGUUGCCUAUGUCCUGGGCCAAAUCCAAUCCCCGCUGGCCAUCACGGAGCUAUCGGAUCGGCUGCGAAAGGCCGACGAGAAUUGCAUGGUCCGUCAUGAGUGCGCGGAAGCGCUAGGAGCCAUCGCUACACCAGAGUGCGAGGAGUUGUUGAAGGAAUACGCAAAGGAUAAUGAGGCAAGUGUAAUAUCGAAAAUUUCGUUGGGGCUUUUGAUUCUUUGUUUGCUAAAUUGAAAAUUGAGCAUAUUAGUUUGUUUAGAAGAAAUUUACUUGAGUUUGUUUCAGCGAGUAGUGCGAGAGAGCUGCGAAGUUGCACUGGACAUGGCCGAAUACGAAAACAGCGAGAACUUCCAAUAUGCCAAGUGA